GAAUUUUCCAUGUAGGCAAACUGGGAAGUUGGAAAAUAUUCUGGAGGAAGGCAGUGGCACACAACUUUUGUAAUGUUGCCAAGAAAACUGUACUAAUGUCCAUGUGACAAGAAGAAAUCAAUUCUGAUUUGAGAUCAUUCUUACUUCAUUGGUUAUGCUGGUAAUUGCAGCCUUGGACAGAAAUCAAGGAAAAGAGGGAUGAUCUCAUGACUAUGGGGGACUGGAAUUUGCUGGGCAGUAUCUUAGAGGAAGUUCAUCUCCAUUCCACCAUAGUGGGCAAAAUCUGGCUCACCAUCCUUUUCAUCUUUCGCAUGUUGGUUCUCGGUGUGGCUGCUGAAGAAGUCUGGGAUGAUGAGCAAGAGGAGUUUGUCUGCAACACCGAGCAGCCGGGUUGUAACAACAUCUGCUACGAUAAAGCUUUCCCCAUCUCUCUAAUCCGCUACUGGGUGCUCCAGGUCAUCUUUGUCUCGUCUCCUUCACUUGUUUAUAUGGGCCAUGCCAUUUACAGACUGCAAGCCCUUGAGAAAGAGAGGCAGCGGAAGAAAGCCUACCUUAAAGAGCAGCUCAAAGAGAUAGAACAUAUUAUAGAAGAUCACCGGAGAAUAGAGAGGCAGCUGAAGAAGCUGGAAGAACAAAAGAAAGCAAGCAAGCCUCCCUUGCAAGGGGCUUUGCUAUGGACCUACAUCCUUCAUAUCUUGACCCGAUCAGUCUUAGAAGUGGCCUUCAUGGUGGGCCAGUAUCUUUUGUAUGGGUUCCAAAUGAAUCCACUGUAUAAGUGCACCCUCCCACCCUGUCCUAACACUGUGGAUUGUUUUGUGUCCAGACCAACAGAAAAAACAAUCUUCAUGGUUUUCAUGCAUAGCAUUGCAGCCAUUUCACUCUUUCUGAAUCUCUUGGAGAUUGUUUAUUUGGGGAUCAAGAAGAUUAGAAGCACCCUUUUUAGGAAGUCCAAGAAGAAGCUAAUGACCGCCGAGGAGGAGGCUAUCUUUAAUUUCCCCAAGAAAAAUUCAAUGAUGCAGCAGAUUUGCAAAAUGAGUGAUUCAUCCCACCAAGAUAGUUACAAAUUUAGGUCAGAGGAGCAAGCGAGGCUACCCGUCUCCUUGAAUCUUGAAGAAGGAUAUAUAUUUACUGAACAAAACCAGCACCCAGGCAAUGGAGAGCAACAAUGGCGCAGAAACUGCAGAAGCUGGACCAAUCAGUAUCCAGAUCGACCACAUCCUUAUGGGCAUCUCGGAUACCCCAAUGGGAAUGGAGAACAUCAACACAGGCUGUUCUCCAGGCAUUAUACAAACCUCAUGAGUCAAUGCCAUAACGAUGAGCAUCUGAUUGCACCCUGCAGCGCUGACAACAUUCCAAUGGAAGCAGGGCAACCUGUUGACCUCUACAGAAAGAGUGAAUCCAAUGCUUCAGAUGAGUCCAAGAACCUUCCACACGCUUCUAAAAUUUCCAUAGUAUCCAACCCCAGGGAGAGCCCUCAAGCAACGUUUCAGAAGCAUAGCUGGGAACUUAGCAGCCGGGACUUAGGAGAUGAUAAUGGCAGCUCUCCAAGCACCAUGCCUUACCAGAACCACAACUCCAGCCUUUUACCCAGAAUGCUGUCAAAGAGCCAGCUGGAUAUCGACUCAGUGACCUCAGACUCACAGAAUGGCUCGGUCUUGGAAGCUAAAUGGCAAGAUGACAGCAGCCCUCCUAUCACACCCUCAUUUUCAGCCCCGAGGGGACGCAAAAUGUCAAUGGCAAGUAAACCCAAGCAAACUUUCUGCUAUAUUGCUAUAUUCUGCUAUAGUGUGAGUUAUUGCUCUUUCACAUCCUUUUAGCCUAGGCCUUGGGCUUAGGGGUUUGUCUGUGAAAACAUUCAAACAUGAAAGGUAGAAAGGUAAUGAGGUUCUUUCAAAUCAAAGGAAAUGUUUGAAAAAUGCAAUUGUUUCAGUAGAAGGGCAUUCUUUAUAUGGUUCACCGACAAAUGCACGUUCGCCAAAAGCGCGCUGACGAAACCGCAGUGACAAAAACCGUGAGUUU